AACCGAGCCCCAUCGCCCCUGCCAGCCCACUGCCCAAAGCCCCAAAGUGCCCACACGGCCCGCACGCCCCUCUCGGCCCCUCCUACUCCAGCCCCCAGGCCAGCCCUAAUGUCCCAUUCCCAUUCGAUUCGAGCCCUAGCCCUCCCUCAUGCUCCAUUCAAUUCAUCAUUGGAGCCAACAGAGACUCAGAGAAAGAGAGCCAGCCGCACGAGGGACGGAGACCCUUCUUCUUCGACCCUUCGAAGCCCUCUGCCCUCCGACCCUUCGCCAGUCUCUUCGAUACUUCGAACCAGCAGGAGCUUCAGCUUCGUGAGUUCUUCUUCAACGCUUCGAACCAGCAGCACCUUUCGCGAGUUCGUCAGGAGCUUCGUGAGUUCGUCGUUGACCCUUCGAACCAGCAGGAGCUUCGUGAGUUCGUCGUGGACAUUUCGAACGAGAAGGAGCUCUUCGCAAGCUCGUCUUCAAGCCUUCAGCCUUCGUGAGUUCAUCUGCUUCGAAGUUCGAAUUUUACAAAAAAACACAGAGAUUGACAAUUGACAAAGUUGGGAAAUGGGAUCUGAAGCCUUGCAAGCUGCUAAGGUUUAUCGCCACCUUCUAAGAGCCAUCAGAAAACAUAUUGGUGAGGAAGGCAGCAAGAGGCAUUUUAGGGACUUUGUAACAAAAGAGUUCCGGAAGAAUGGUGAGGUCUCAGACCUGUCAUCCAUGCAUCAAAAACUGAAGCUUGCUCAUGAUUAUGCUUUUCUGCUCAAUAGCGUUCACCACCAUAAGGACUUACUAUUCUCUUACAACAUUGCUGUGGAUAGAUCAGAAGAAAUGAAAAGAACUCUGGGAAAAUCUGCUGCAAGUGUGGGUCUUCAGCUCCCUGAAGCUUAUCAGCCUUGAUGGGCCCAAGAUUUUUCAGUUCCUCUGUCAUGGAAUUUUUGUUUUGCAGAAUUGAAAAUUCUUCUCUCUCCCUCUCUCUCUCUCUCUUAGGUAGCAUGCCAUUAUUUAGAAUUCUAUAGCUUGAACCUAAUGAACUCAUAAGUAACAGAUGACUCAUUUUCCUUUCAUCUGACUCUUUUGUUAGAGAAAAAUCUUAGGUUCAAAUGUACUGUUAAGAUUUUGGUAAUCUGGGUUUGGAGUGUAAUUACACAUCCAAGUUAUUUUAUAGCUUUUCAAGCUCUUGGUUGUGCCCCAACACGGGAAGAAAUGAAGGACCUCUUACUUAUGCAGGAGACCCUGCCAUUAUAUUAUAUAUAUGCUGUCGUCCUUUUAAUUCA